CACGGAACCAGUCUGCAGACCAGCCUGCACAGCGACCACUAUAAUGAUCAGGAUAUUUAAAUUCGUAAAGAUUAUUUUCGCCACCUUGUUUAUUAUAACAUUGGUGCUAUUCACCAUAGCGUCCAUCAGGACGCUUUCACUGGACGUCAAUGUCGGGCUUCAGCUUGCAAAGUGGGAAAAGACGAAUAAUAUCUCCCUUGUCAUUGAUCAACACCAGAGAGAGCAACUUAUAAGACAUUUUAAGGAGGCGAUCAGGAUCCCCACGGUGUCUGUCUCCCAGACGGAGAUCAAUACCAGCGCUCUGCUGCAGUUUGACAGGCUCCUCCGGACAGCCUUCCCCACAGUUUUCUCUUCGAGCCUGGUCCAUCAUGAGUUGGUGGCUAAUUAUAGCCACCUGUUUCGGGUGCAAGGAUCGCAGCCCGGUUUGGUGCCGUACAUGCUGCUGGCGCACAUUGAUGUAGUACCUGCCACAGAGUCAGAUGGCUGGGAGGCUCCUCCGUUUUCUGCCAAAGAGAUAGAUGGCUUUAUCUAUGGCAGAGGAACCAUAGACGAUAAGGGCCCUGUAAUGGGAAUACUUCAAGCGCUGGAGUACUUGCUGAUUAAAGGCUACACUCCGCGCAGGGGCUUUUACAUUGGCCUUGGUCAUGAUGAAGAGGUCAGUGGUUACAAUGGGGCAAUGAACAUUGUGCGCGCGUUGAAGCAGCGUGGCGUGCAGCUGUCAUUUGUCCUAGACGAGGGCCUGGCUGUGCUAGACGGAAUCAUCAGUGGUCUUGAAGGACCUGCAGCUCUAAUUGGAAUAAGUGAGAAAGGCUCAGCCACUGUGAAGCUGACUGUGUCUACGGCCCCGGGCCACUCCUCCAUGCCUCCAAGGGAGUCCAGUAUUGGGAUUUUAGCUGCAGCAGUUAAAAGACUUGAGGAAAACCCCAUGCCAAGAUUUUUUGGCUAUGGGCCUGAACGUGAGACUUUUGAGCAUCUGGCUCACAAGUUUCCGCUCCCACUUAAGUUUGUGAUGUCAAAUUUAUGGUUGUUCUCCUCGCUUCUCAGCAGAGUUCUUGAAAGAAAACCAGACACAAAUGCUUUUGUAAGGACAACCACGGCAGUCACCAUGUUUAAUUCAGGAGUUAAGCUGAAUGUCAUGCCAUCACUUGCUGAAGCUUAUGUAAAUCUACGAAUCCACUCAGCACAUUCAUUAAAAGAGGUCCUGGACUCUAUCCAUUACAUAGUGGGGGAUGAGCGAGUGAAGAUUGAGUUCGUUGAAGGAUUUGACCCUCUGCCUAUCAGCUCUUCUGAUGAGAGCUCCUUUGGCUUUCAGAUCAUUAAAAAAACUGUGUUAGACAUGUUUCCAAUGGUUACAGUUGCUCCAGGCAUCUGUAUUGGAAACACAGACAGUCGACACUUCAAGGAUUUGACCAGCAAUAUUUAUCGUUUUGCUCCUGUUUGGUUUAAACCAGGUGAUCCUAAGAGAUUCCAUGGGAUCAAUGAAAGGAUUUCCAAAAAGAACUACGAGGAGCUUGUUGUAUUUUACUUCAAUCUGAUUCAAAACUGUGAUAUUGCGAAGCUCCCUGAGCCGCACAGCUUGGUACAUGAGCUCUAAGGAACCCUCCAGCACUGAAAGGUGCUUUGAUGAGAUGUAUGUUGAGAUUUGGUGCUGGCUUCACUUGAAUUAUUUGCAGUGGAUUCAAAAGCUUCUUGUUGUUAUUUUGAUCAAUUUCACCAACUCCACAUAAGUUCAUCACUUAACUUUGUUCAAAUUUAUAGUGACAUUUCAGCUUCAAAAUCAUGUGAUUUUUGCAGUUUUGAGCCAGAUGGUACAAGUUCUUUUGCCUGGCCGGGCAUACACCAUUCAUUUAGUGUUAGUUUUCUCUUGUGAAAUGCCAUUUGCAGCUGUUUCCACUGGUACAGAACUAACUGAGCCAAUCACAGUGGGCGAGAGCCAGCUUUAUGUGUCAACUAACGCAGGACUGUCCAAGGCCAAGUAUUUAAAAGAGCCAAGAAUUGCAAAAAUUGCUAAUAACACCUUGUAUCAGCAAGUUUUUACUGCAAAACUAACAGCAUUCAUUAAAUGGGGUGUGCCAUUUAGCCAGAUUAGCUUGGCUGUUGUUUUGCCUUUCUUUCUCUGAUUGGUUGUGCACUUUUUUUAAUAGUUUCAAGAGGCAGCUUCUUUUACAUCAGUUGUUACUGCCCCUUGGCAAGUGUAUUUGACCUGGAAAGUAAAAUACAGAGGAGCCAGAGGAAAUGAAUUAUCAUGGCUGGCUACGAUUUCUCACUGUACUAACUGGAAACAAUGACUCAAAUUAGUACAGUACGUGUUGAUGCACUGACCUUAUUGCAAUGAAAUAAUCGUGGAUCACUUGCGGUGAACUUCUGUUAUCAUUUAACCAACAUAUGCGAUGGUACAAUUUAAUGAUCUGGCUAAAUAUUUUGGGAGCUUCUGUAAAUGCUGUACUAUUUGCUGUAAUGACUGUGGUGUGAACAGCUGAGAUGAUGAGAGAAACAUAUGCUGCCAUCCAUGGAGAUGGAUAAAAAUGUGAUUAUUGUGGUGGAUAAAAAUGUGAUUAUUGUGGUUGAUAAAGAGUUUUUUUAAUAAAAAAAAAAGUUUUAUUUCUAA